GCUGGGGGCGAGCCGCGCGCGGGGCCGCGCUUCCGGGUUCGGCGCGUCCGCAGCGGCAGCGCGCAGGGCAGGGCGCGAGCCGGCCUCGGAGCCCCGGCCUCGGACCGCCCCCUCCGCGCCCGGCACGCCCGGCGCCGCCUUUCGGCCCCCGUCCCCGGCCCGGCCUCCGCCAGUCUGCUUCGCGGCGCGGGCGGCCUCGGAGGCUCUCGGCGAGCGCGGCGCGGUAACAAGUGGGCAGGAUGCCGUACGAGAUCAAGAAGGUGUUCGCCAGCCUCCCCCAGGUGGAGAGGGGCGUCUCUAAAAUCAUCGGCGGCGACCCCAAGGGCAACAAUUUUCUUUACACCAAUGGGAAGUGCGUCAUUCUAAGAAACAUCGACAACCCAGCCGUUGCUGACAUCUACACGGAGCAUGCCCAUCAGGUGGUGGUGGCCAAGUACGCGCCCAGCGGGUUCUACAUCGCCUCUGGAGAUGUAUCUGGGAAGCUGAGGAUCUGGGAUACCACGCAGAAGGAGCACCUCUUAAAGUAUGAGUAUCAGCCUUUCGCUGGAAAGAUCAAGGACAUUGCUUGGACGGAAGACAGUAAGAGGAUCGCAGUGGUCGGGGAAGGAAGGGAGAAGUUUGGAGCCGUCUUCCUGUGGGACAGUGGCUCUUCCGUGGGCGAGAUCACGGGACACAACAAAGUCAUCAACAGCGUGGACAUCAAGCAGAGCAGACCGUACCGGCUGGCAACGGGCAGUGACGAUAACUGUGCCGCGUUCUUUGAGGGGCCACCGUUCAAGUUCAAGUUCACAAUCGGCGACCACAGCCGCUUCGUCAACUGUGUGCGAUUCUCUCCUGACGGGAACAGGUUUGCUACAGCCAGCGCGGAUGGCCAGAUCUACAUCUAUGACGGAAAGACGGGAGAGAAAGUGUGUGCCCUGGGAGGAAACAAGGCUCACGACGGAGGCAUUUACGCCAUCAGUUGGAGUCCUGACGGCACCCACUUGCUUUCUGCCUCCGGAGACAAAACCUCUAAGAUUUGGGACGUCAACGUGAACUCUGUCGUCAGCACGUUUACGAUGGGCUCCACCGUCCUGGACCAGCAGCUGGGCUGCUUGUGGCAGAAGGACCACCUGCUCAGCGUCUCCCUGUCCGGGUACAUCAAUUACCUGGACAGAAACAACCCCAGCAAGCCCCUGCGGGUCAUCAAGGGUCACAGCAAGUCGAUCCAGUGUCUGACGGUGCACAAAAACGGAGGCAAGUCCUACAUCUACUCCGGGAGCCACGAUGGACACAUUAAUUACUGGGAUUCAGAGACAGGGGAGAACGACUCCUUCGCCGGCAAGGGCCACACGAACCAGGUGUCCAGGAUGACCGUGGACGAGUCUGGGCAGCUGGUGAGCUGCAGCAUGGACGAUACGGUGCGGUACACCAACCUCACACUGAGGGACUACAGCGGGCAGGGGGUUGUGAAGCUGGACGUCCAACCCAAGUGCGUGGCUGUGGGCCCCGGAGGCUACACCGUGGUCGUGUGCAUCGGGCAGAUCGUCCUGCUCAAAGAUCAGAAGAAGUGCUUCAGCAUCGACGACCCUGGCUACGAGCCCGAAGUCGUGGCGGUGCACCCCAGCGGUGAGACGGUGGCUGUCGGGGGCGCGGAUGGGAAUGUCCGCUUGUACUCCAUCCUGGGCACCACGCUGAAGGACGAGGGCAAGCUCCUGGAGGCCAAGGGCCCUGUGACCGAUGUGGCAUACUCCCACGAUGGCGCCUUCCUCGCCGUGUGUGACGCCAGCAAAGUGGUCACGGUCUUCAGCGUCGCUGAUGGUUACUCGGAGAACAACGUCUUUUAUGGACACCAUGCAAAGAUCGUCUGCCUGGCCUGGUCCCCAGACAACGAACACUUUGCGUCCGGCGGCAUGGACAUGAUGGUAUACGUCUGGACCCUGAGUGAUCCCGAGACCAGGGUCAAGAUCCAAGAUGCGCACCGGCUCCACCACGUCAGCAGCCUGGCCUGGCUGGACGAGCGCACGCUGGUCACCACCUCCCACGACGCCUCUGUCAAAGAGUGGACAAUCACCUACUGAGGAGCCCCCUCCCGUGGACGGACCGAAUCAGGGACUAGCGCCUAACCGCAGCAGAACACGUCAUUUCUCUAAAUCUCUCUGUCGUGCGCCCCCCGCCCCCGCCCCGCUCCAGAGGGAGGGGCCUUAGCUCACGAGCACCCGCGUCUCGUCUCUGCAGGGUGUUCCUGUCUGUACACGUCCUUCUGAAAGCUUUAGACAGUGACCGUUUGCACAUGAAAAAUAAAGCAAGCACUUAAACAGCGUGUGGAGCGUAACUAAAACCCACCACCCAGCCCACCCCAGACCGAGUGCAGAACAUUCCAGAGGCAGAGCCUCGAAAGCACACAGACCCGCUCGCCCACCCCCCCCCCCGGCCCCGCCCCCGCGGCUCUUGCUCUCUGUCCGCCACCUGCAGAGCGCCCCCUGCCGGCGAGGAGAGGGCGCGCCCCAGGCAGCUCAGCGAAGCCGGCCUUGUGUGUAGAGCAGGUGCCGCUCGGAGCCGGGGGGGCGUGCUGUGUGGUGGCCUCCACAGCGGACCUUGUGUUCACUGUCCGUUUUUGUGCUUGAUUUUAAGAACGGAAUUGCGGGAUUUUUUUUUUUUUUAAGUGUAUCUUAACUGUUGCCUGUCCGUGUUUACGGGCUAGGGCGCUGAGGGCGCCGCCUCCGGGUUUCAGAGCCCUUGUUAGCCGGACCCAGGUGUCUCGGCCCCCGUUUGCUCUCCCGCUCUGAUGUGUUCCUGUCUUUCUUUCCCCCUUCUGCCCUCAAGAGCAAAGGUUAAUUUAAAGGCAGAGGUGAAGUCACUGUAAACUAACCUGUUAUGGUUUUCACCUUUUUUUUUUUUUCAGUGCAGAAAUUAAAAGUAAGUAUAAAGCACGGUGAUCUGUAGUUCUUUUGCGUGUGUCGGAAAUUGCUGGUAAAUGUCGGCCGAGAGCAAUCGCCCCCUUUGCACUUGUGAAAACACUUUGAGCGCUUUAAGAGAUAAGACCAAGAAGUGAUUAAAUGUCUUUCUCUUCACUGUG